AUGAAUCAAAACGAGAUUAACCAAGCUUCCUUAACCACUUCUCGUUUGUCAGCACUUGCAAAACCCUUCACUUUCAACCGCUCUUCUUCUUUAUCACCUAAACCCUCUGUCAAUUCCUUCAAUCAUUGUGAUAAUGAUGAUAAUGAUGAUGACCCUUUUAGUCCCUUGCUUGAUUCUUUUUGGAAAAGUAACCUCAGUUCAAAGGGUCGCUCCGUGUCUUUGAAUGGUACUGUCAAAACUACAACUUUGCCAGAUGAAGGGGGUUCGCGUGGAAUUUCACUUUUUGAAGGGAACCCUUUUCAGGAAUUGGCUAAAAAUGGCGACUUUGAUGUGAUUAAUUGGACACAAUUUGAAGUUGGCAGUUCAGCUGGUGAUGUGAGCAUGUUUAAGCCGGCCGUCGACGUGUUGAAUCAUCAUCUUACAGUGACCGAUGGCAUUUUCGAAAAAAGCACUGGUAUAAUUGCUGGAAAAGACAUUUUAUCGAAUUCUGAAGGGACAAAACAAUCUUCUGAUGAGUCUAGCUCCUUUCUUAAGGCACAAAACAAGAUUACUCCACUCAAGACAUCACGUGAUAUAUCUUCUGCUAAAAGCGCUCCUCAAAAUCAGCUCUCAUAUAAUCUCGGUGAUUGUGACACUGAUGUGGAUUCUCCUUGUUGGAAGGGAACCAAAGCUGUUGGUUUAUUUCCAUCAGAAAUUCCACAAUCUGUAGAACUUCAUCAUGUUGAGAAAGCAACAGAAAAACAUAACACUUUAAAUCCUCGAGCUCCACAGUUCUUUCCUCGUAUCGGAUAUGUUACGGAUGAUUUUCUGUCUUCAAACUCUGGUGUGUUUGUAACUACUAAUUUGUUGACGGGAGAGGACAUACUCAUGAAAACUGUAUCAGCAGAAUCCCUAGUAGAGUUGAAUAAGGGAGAGCUUCGGUAUUCAACCAACAUCAGCGGAAUAGAAAAGGCGUUUAAUAUGUUUAAUAAUCCAGGAAGUAGCUCUGUGGAUCCUAUGCUAAAUUCACAUUUUACAAUGACUCAUCCUUCUUCUAAAAAAGAUUUCACGACUUCAAAAGGAAAAGAUGUAACUAUAGCUGAUGUCAAUGACUAUGUGAAGGGAGCUGAAAAUCCAAGGGCUAGUAGGUCAACAAUGAGCGAUGUUUUCCCUACAAAGGGUCAUUCUUCAAUAUCACAUACAUCAUCAUCUCAAGUCAAUGUUUAUACCGAUCUUCUAAAAACAUUUGAAGGUUUCUCCAAAUCUUUAAUCGAAUCUCCAAAUCCGGAUGCUAAGACAAUGGUUGGCGCAAUGCAUGUUCUUUCAGAAUUGCUGGCACAAACCUGUGUAGGCGGAGUAGAUUCAUAUGGUGAACAUGAUCUCAGUAUGACUACAAUCCCGCAAAUAAUCAAUAAUCUGAAUGAUUUUCAUGCAAAAGUAGGUGGUGAAAGGAUUUCAAUUUCAACCCUUGAUUCAACUCCUGCAAAUAGUUCUUUCUGUCUUGAUAGUUCAUUAAAGCUUACCAAGGGACUCGAAAUGGAAAAUGUAGAGACCAUUACUGUUCCACACCAGCUCUAUCCGCAAAAUGAUUAUGUUGGAAGAAAUACGGUUUCUAAUGUGAUUGGUCCGAGUGAACUGAGUUCUUUUGCUUCUAGCAGCGGAGGAGGCACCAAGAAAAGCAACGAAACUGGUCAGGUUCAGGUCAUUCGGAGAAGUCUUGGGAAAAAUCUGGAUUUUGACAAACAAAUGCCCCCAGAGGCAUUGUUGUUUUGGAAUUUAUGGCUUGAUUCUGAAGCGGAGCGUUGUUACAGAAAAUUUAAAAUUUAUCAUUGGCUUAUGGAAGCUGGCGUGGAUGUAAAUUGCAAAAAUGUUGCGGAAUUGUGGAGGUGA